CUUUGUUUGAUAACAAGAUAUUUUCAUAUUAUUUUAGGAGGCCGGCAAUCACUGUUCCAAUUUUUAGACCAUGGACUAAAACAAUUUUCUGGUCCAAAUCUUUGAUUCGGUGCUUAAAAAGUAUACCAAAAUUGAGGGAGGUCAACAAGUUUCCAAAAAGCCCAUUCUCUCACAUGUAGAUACCAUUUUAUGAACUUUCCUCGUAUUCCCCGUCAUUUUCCCCUCUUCGCACUCUUUUAUAUACUUCAAACACAUUGAAAAAGUCGUAUUACACCACAUAUCUUUGGACUUAACGUCCUCCAAACCUUCUACCAAAUAAAAAGCUCUAGAGAACUCACCCAAAAUUCCAUAGAAAUUAACAAGAAGGGAAGAAGAGAUGGAGAUGAAUGGUUUGCAAAGGUCUACAACGUCGUUUAGGAGACAAGGGUCGUCAGGGUUAGUAUGGGAUGACGAGUUUUUAUCAGGAGAUUUGAACCAAAUGAAGCUUAACCAUCAGGAAAAUAAAGAAAACCCAGGAUCAGAUGGUAUGAUGAGACGUAGCCGAUCAGAUGGAGGCAGUGGAAAUAUGUACCGGACGGUGAAGGCAGCGUCGCCUAGCAUGGACCCUCCUUCUCCUAAGGUCUCCGGUUGUGGCUUUUGUGGGGUUUUUGGCAAACCGAACGCAGCCAAGAAGAGAAGGUCAAAUAAUCGUAAGUCAUGAUCAUAUAGAGCAUAAUUUUGUACAUGCUUUUAGUCUGCUAUAGGGGCAUUCCAAUUCCAAUCAUGUGUGAUUUUUUUUUUUAACUUUUCCAUUUUUCCUUUUUUUGGGGGUUAGAUUCCCACACAUAGAGAAUUCCAAUUGAAACAUAUCUCCUGAAAAAGAAAAAACUAGUGUAUGGGAGCACAAACCUCAAACCUAUAUGUUUGGUUUGUUUUAAACAGCUUAUGUUUCAUGGGAUUUUGUUACAGAGAGGUUUCUUUUUCUUUUGAGAGCUUUGUUUUGAUUUCUCUAGUUCCCUUGAAUAGUAUAGUUUUUGUCUUAAAGUUUAUGCGUCAGACAUAUUUCAAUGUACCAAAAGAAACUUAGCUUUAAUUUCUCAAUCUAUCUCGUUGGAAGUUGUCAUAUA